AUGGUGACGAAACUACUCCUCCUCGCCCUCCUCGCCGUGGCCGCGGCUCAGACCGACUCCUCCGGCCCCGUCGUCGACAAUACCUACGGCGGCUGUAAGGACAAGUGCGAAGCGUUUAUCAAGUCGAUCGCCAACGCCUGUGACGGCAAGCCCAACGAUCAAUGCGUCCUGUGGUGUAACACCCUGGGACACGCCCACGAGAACCUGAUUCAGCUCGACGAGUGCAACAAGUGCGUCCAGGACGACAAUACCAUCACCGCAGACAGCAAGAGCAUUGUCAAUGAGUACGCGGCGAGAUUGAAGCGAGUCUGCAGCUUGGAGGAAUGCUCUGCUUCGUGCACGUACUCCCAGGCUGUCGUCGACGUGAAAGCUGCGUGCAGCUUGGACAACCCCGAGCUUUGCCAUUCCUACUGCGCCCGCCGCGGUGAGUUGGACACCUGCCGUACCUGUCUCGGCAGCAGCAAGGCUGCAGGAGCCCGAGACCUGUCGUUUGAACUGCAAAUCACCGAUAUGGCAGCCGACUUCUGGUGUACACCCUGUGGAGCCGACUGCAUAGACUUCAGGAAGAAAGCCUCGGCCUGCAGGAACAAGGACAAUUCAGACCGAUGUGCGAAGGACGGGUGCUCUGCCGAGAACAACGCCUUGUACGAAAAGUGCGCCAAAUGUACCAAGUCCCAGACACAGUUUGCGGGCCUCACGACUGUACAGAGGGCCAGCACCGAGGCUCAGGUCGCGUACUAUGGCGAGAGCUGCAAGCUCACGACCACGGGACCCCAAAAGCCCUCCCAGUGCGACGAGGUGUGCAAGGAUUCCCUGGCCAAGUUUAGGGAGUCGUGCAACGGCGGCAACAAGGGCAACUGCGAGUCGAUGUGUAGUCCGGAGAACGAGGCGGCCCAGGACCGCUGCAACGCCUGCGUGCAGGAUGCGUCGAGCGGCGUCGGGGAGAACGACAGGAAGAUUCUCCAGACGGCCACGGUCGCCCUGGGCAACUGGUGCGGUGGCGGCAAAGAACAGGGGGGUGAGAUAGGCAAGGUGCCCAGCCUGCCUGAGACUGUGGUUGGUUCCACUACGACCCCUCCUGGCGGUACAGACCCUCCUGUCGGUUCGAACCCUCCCGGCGGUUCCAACCCGCCCGGUGGUUCAAGCCCUCCCGGCGGCUCGAACCCUCCUGGUGGUUCGAGUCCUCCAAGUGGAAGUGGAGGAGGCUCGGGAUCCAAGGGAGGCGGCGGCGGUGGGUCUGGAGGUGGUGGCGGCGGCUCCGGAGGCAACGCAGGCUCCGGAGGCAGUACUUCCCCCAUUCCGUCCAAAGUGUCAUCGUCGGCCAACUCGUCUUCGACUGCGAGGUCCUCGGCUACCGCUGGUGCUGCCAAAAGCAGUGCGAUGUCGAUGUGGGUCCCGUCUUCCGGCGCUGCGGGAGCCUUUGCUAUGGCUCUCCUCGCAGUUCUUGCGUGA